CUCUCUCUCAAAGGAAUCGGAUUUGUGAAAAUUCUAUCCUUGAGACCCCUUUCUUCUUUCUCCCUUUUCACACACAUCCAUCAGAAUGGUUCAAUCAUCUAUUCUGGGUUUCCCCCGCAUGGGAAGACUCCGUGACCUCAAGAAGGCCACCGAGGCUUACUGGGCUGACAAGAUCUCCCGCGAUGAGCUCCUCGCUGAGGGUAAGCGUCUUCGUCUGGAGCACUGGCAGAUCCAGAAGGAUGCCGGUGUCGAUGUUAUUCCCAGCAACGACUUCGCCUUCUACGAUCAGGUCCUCGACCACCACCAGCUUUUCGGAACCAUCCCCGAGCGUUACUCCAAGUACAACCUCAACCCUCUCGAUGAGUACUUCGCCAUGGGCCGUGGUCUCCAGAAGGAGGGCAUUGAUGUUCCCAGUCUGGAAAUGGUCAAGUGGUUCGACUCUAACUACCACUACGUGAAGCCCACUCUCCAGGACAACCAGGAGUUCAAGCUCGCUGCCGAGCCCAAGCCCGUUGUUGAGUUCCUUGAGGCCAAGGCCGCUGGCAUCACCACCCGCCCCGUCAUCCUUGGUCCCGUCUCCUUCUUGACUCUCGGUAAGGCCGACCGUGACCAGACCGUUGACCCCAUCUCUCUGCUUGACAAGCUCGUUCCUCUCUACGUUGAGCUCCUGUCCAAGCUCAAGGCCGCUGGCGCCGAGGAUGUCCAGAUUGACGAGCCCGUCCUCGUCUUCGACCUUGCUGAGAAGUCCAAGGCCGCCUUCAAGCCUGCCUACGAGAAGAUUGGUGCCCUCGGUGCCCAGGGUCCCCGCAUCACUCUCGCCACCUACUUCGGUGACAUCGUCCACAACAUCAAUGUCCUCGCCGACCUGCAGAGCCUCCACUCUAUUCACAUCGACCUGGUCCGCAACCCCGAACAGCUCGACACCGUGGUCCUCUCCGCCGGUGUUGUCGACGGCCGUAACAUCUGGAAGACCAACUUCAAGGCCGCUAUUGAGAAGGUCGAGAACGCUAUUCAGAAGCUCGGCAAGGACCGUGUCAUUGUUGCCACCUCCAGCUCCCUCCUUCACGUCCCCCACACUCUCGCCAGCGAGAAGACCCUUGAUGCUGAGGUCCGUGACUGGUUCUCCUUCGCUGUGGAGAAGGCCGCCGAGGUUGUCGUGAUCGCCAAGGCUGUCACCGAGGGCCCCGCCGCUGUCCGUGAGCAGCUCGAGGCCAACGCCAAGUCUGUUCAGGCCCGUGCCUCCUCCGCCCGCACCAACGACCCCGCUGUCAAGGCCCGCCAGGCCUCUGUCACCCCUGAGAUGCACAACCGCAAGUCCGCCUUCCCUGAGCGUUACGCUGAGCAGACCAAGACCCUCAAGCUCCCUCUCUUCCCCACCACCACCAUUGGUUCCUUCCCCCAGACCAAGGAGAUCCGCAUCCAGCGUAACAAGUUCACCAAGGGUGAGAUCACUCCUGAAGAGUACGAGAAGUUCAUCGAGAAGGAGAUCCAGGACGUUGUCAAGAUCCAGGAGGAGCUUGAUCUCGAUGUCUUCGUCCACGGUGAGCCCGAGCGUAACGACAUGGUGCAGUACUUCGGUGAGCGCCUCACUGGUUACGUUUUCACCACCCACGCCUGGGUUCAGUCCUACGGCUCCCGCUGCGUGCGCCCCCCUAUCAUUCCCAUGAAGGGCAUGCUCACUGGUCCUAUCACUUGCCUGCGGUGGUCUUUCCCCCGUGACGAUGUCCACCAGUCUGUACAGGCUCAGCAGCUUGCUCUCGCCCUCCGCGACGAGGUUGUUGACCUCGAGGCCGCUGGCAUCGCCGUGAUCCAGGUCGACGAGCCCGCUCUCCGUGAAGGUCUGCCCCUCCGCGCUGGUGACGCUCGCGUCGCCUACCUCAAGUGGGCUGUUGACUCCUUCAAGCUCUCCACCGCUGGUGUCACGGAUGGCACUCAGAUCCACUCCCACUUCUGCUACUCUGAGUUCCAGGACUUCUUCCACGCCAUUGCCGCUCUCGAUGCCGAUGUUCUGUCCAUUGAGAACAGCAAGUCCGAUGCUAAGCUCCUCAAGGUCUUCAUCGACGAGGCCUACCCCCGCCACAUUGGCCCCGGCGUUUAUGAUAUUCACUCCCCUCGUGUCCCCACCGAGCAGGAGAUCAAGGACCGCAUCGAGGAGAUGCUGGCAUACUUGACUCCCCAGCAAUUAUGGUGUAACCCCGACUGUGGCCUCAAGACUCGUGGCUGGCCCGAGACCAAGGCGGCUCUCACCGCGAUGGUCAACGCUGCCAAGUACUUCCGCCAGAAGUACGCGCAGUAAAUUCUUUCAAUUCACCAUUAAUUUAAUGAGGAGGCGACAAUCAACCUGUCGCCUCGGUAGGAGUUUUCUUUAUUGAUGAGUUACGACGAUGAUACCAAAAGUUCAACAUAUGGGUUUCAACGGGUUUUCUAGAGGAUACCAAAAGCGGGCCUGGAGUUUCAACAUGACUGACGAUUUAUUACUGACGCUGGCCGACAUCAUGACCUACUUCCGUUGUGAUGUUCGGU